CGGCGCCGAGACGUGACCUGACGCGAACCGGGCGUCUGAUGAAGGCGAGGGAAACACCCGCGGCCGUGAUCGCCAGGUUCGGGCUCCGCGAUCGUCUCUGCGGGAGAGAUGUGCAACACCGUCACACUCAGGCUUCAACCUGCAGACACGCACGGCUCCGGGUGCCUCUUCCUCCUGCAUUAUGUAAACUGUUUACAGAACAACACAGUGUAAUAUCCGUUUAAAAUGUAAUACCUUACUUAUAUGUAAACUAACUGUAUGAUCUAAAAACAUAUAUAAUUCACGCCAUUAAAAUAUUAUGAAGUUUGAGAAGUGUAUUUAAAGUAAUCACCUAAUUUGACUGCACAACAAGAAUGGUUUCAACUUGACAGACACAGCGGCAGACAGUCUUGAAUGUGAGUUAAGGAUCCGGACUGAAAUAUCUUCGCGGAUGUUCUCACGCUGUGCAGGCAUCGUCUAACUCUGAGGGACCAGGACAAGCCAUGCAGUCGAUCACGUUGACUUAAAACUAGGCUUCAGCUACAAAAAGGUUGAAGUUGCAAAGCAGGCCACUGCUGAGCCGGUGGUUGUUCUAUACAUAUCAAUUACUGUCCUAACUAACAGUACCCACCUGUCCAAUGGCAGCCAGAUGGAAGAUUGCUUGGGGGAAGUCAUCACAGCAGUGGUGUUUUAAUUGCUUUCACUCUGAGAGGAUCCCAAUAUACAUAUUUUCAAACUAGGUUUAAAUUCUUUGUUCCAUUUACUUUAUUUAUUUAUUGGGAUGCUUCGAACAAAGUUCUGGUUUAAUCAGUGGUUUAAUAAUUAACAAUCAAAAAAUGUCUUGACUUCACUGCACUACAAUCAAGGACAGAGGUGACUCAAAUAUGAAUCAAUUGUGCUUCAUGAUGCUCAAAUGUCACCUUUCAUCAGGGCGCAGCGCAUGUUUAGUGCUUGUGUCACUCCUUCACUGCAUUUCAUAGUAAUUAGCCAACUCUCAUCAAAAGUAUAAUUAAUUAAGUCAGGUUCUUUUUCGAUAGCUUCAUGCUGUUACAUCCUGACUCAACUGUGGCUGGCAGCUUCUUGUUGAAUGUGUCCUGACGAUCACAUGACUCCAGUAGUGGCCAGCAAAGCUUUCCAUACACAUAAUGUAUUGAUCUAGUUCUGUCACUUGCAGCUUGUCUUACAUAAGAAUCCAGACAGAAUAAUGAGGAUGUUUUCCUGGGUCGUGUUGACAUGUUGUGGAGACAUUGUUUCUGCAGGAUGAAGACUCACACACAUCAGUCAUUUCCUCCUUGACCACAUUUCUCCUGCUUGCAGCUUUUGGUUGUCAGGUCUGUUCCUGUUAUGUUGGACCCCAACCCUCAUGGAAGUUUAGGAGGCUGUUGCCAUGGAGACAGAGCCAGUCCUCCCCCUGUCUCUGGCUUCACCAAGAUCGUCUGCAGGGUUUGUCCUGUGAGAUUACACACCUGCGUGAUGUCUGAACGUGCGUCUGCCCCCGCGGACACCUGCGGCAAACAUAAUUCUCGCCAGCCUGAGAUGGCGCAGGCGUGAAUCACCGCUUCUCUCCUGCUUGACACGGCUCGUCCGAGCGACCCCCGGCCUCUCCAGAAAUAGCCCACCUCCACCUUCCCGUCCUGGAUGACACCUGAAGUCAACAUUCACUCUGCGAACGUACAGCCGCGAGAGGCAGGCAUCGUUUUGCCAUUUACAGACGGAAUGAAGUCACAGCAUGGGUGACUCUACUGGGGGACGGGGAAUAUGGAGGAUUAUGAAAAUGGAAAAGGAGGGCUGUGAAUGAAGAAGUGGAAAAAUGACAAAGUGUGAAUCUUCAAUAUUAAUGUCGCUCCUCAGAGGAUGAAGUGUGCACACGUACACACUCCUGUCCCCGACUGGCUGCAGUUUGGUCUCACUUGAAUUUACACUCAUCAUUUUCUAGACUUGUCUGACUUUGUUUUUUCUUUUCCUAUUUCUACCUUCAUGCAACAUGUAUUCCUAUUUUCCUUAGGUGGAAUUCUUUCACUGUAAAUAAGUUAACUAAUGCAUUGAAUGUGAGCUUUGUUGCGUCAUCUUAAAGUGCCAUGUAUGUGUUUUCUGUGUGUGUGAGCGUGGAGACUCUAUCACUGUCUAUGUGGCCCUGUGUUGGACUGAUGACCUGCUGAUCAUAUCGCAGUUUCCUUCAUUGCUUGCUGUUGAGAAGGUCAAGUGCGGCCACGCAGGCCAGCCGUGACCUUGCAGCUUCUUAAUAUCCCCCAACGUCCAGUCUGGAGAGGACGACCAGGCUGAAAUAGAUGCGUGUUUGCCACCUUUAGCACAUCGAGCCGUUGAAUGUGCACAUUCCCAAAACAUAUGUGCACACUGUGAUAACGGCUGGUCUCUAUAGGUUGGAACACACAGAUUUAGGUUCGCUGUGACUCCUUUAUUGGAAGGGUGAGGGUUAUCUAGAGCUGCAGGGACCCCAGAACAAAGCAUCAGUCAUCUUUAUCUCCCUCACCAAAGGAGACACACACACACACACACACACACACACACACACACACACACACACACACACACGACAUGCACAGCACUAGACAGAAGUUUGUCUCAUUGUAGAAAUGACCUCUAGGAGUUCAGAUCCAUCCUCGUGAUCAGCUCCUUGGAUGGAUUAUGUGCCUUAUUAGCAGCUGCUGUAUAGACUGCCUACAAUUAAUAUCACAGUGUCAGUUUGCUCUUCCUUCAAAUGAAUUCACAUUUUAUUUCAGCUGCCGCUGCCCAGUAUGUCUUGCUCCGCGCAGCAGCCGCGUUCAUACCCCGCCUUUCUCGUGCUAAAGGAGCAUUUCGCCAGUCUCUGACCACCUCUACCCACCCUGGACAUUUUGAGCCGUGACGUAUUUACUGACGGGGACGCGCGAGUUUUCACACCGGCGCUCCAUCCGCUUGCGAGGGCGACUAUUUGGGGAGAUAAGCUGCGCCUCGGCGCGGAGCCGCUCUGACACUCAGCUCCUGCGGCUCGGUCCACCUCUGACCAACAGGAGAGAAGCAGCGGGGAGGUUUUUAUUGACCUGCACGGCUGAGGAGACGGAGUCAGUGGAAAGUUUGUCCCAACGUAAAACGCGAGCUUUCACCGGGAACCGAGGGCGCGUGAAGAUGCUGGGUCGCUGUGUUCUGCUUGGAUGCUUGGCUUGUCUUCUGAUGACCGCUGCUGCAGACGCCGACGGUCGGGUGUUCGUGCUGGAGCUGAGGAACUCCUCCGGCCUGCAGGGCUUCAGAGAUGCUGAGCGGGCUUGUGCCUCACAGCACGCCCGCGUGGCAUCGGCAGAGGAGCUCCGUCACUCCGUGGCGGAGUGCUUCUUCUCCUCGUGCGCGCGUGGCUGGCUGCACGGUGGCGCGGUGGGGACCACGGUGUGUGACACUGUGGGCGGCGCUCCGAAAGCGGUGGACGUGAGGACACAGAACGCCACAGACGACUCAGCAAACCUGGACGCCUUUUGUAUCAAAGAUGACGACGAGCCGUGUGGGGACCCGCCGUCCUUCCCCAACGCCCGGCUGCAGGGUCGCACGGGCUUCGCCGUGGGCGACGAGCUGCUGUACGCCUGCGCGCCAGGCUUCGCCAUGCCCCGCGGCCAGAGCACCUUCAGCCUGCUGUGCGACAGCUGCGGGGAGUGGUACGGACUGGUGCAGAUGUGCGUCCGAGAUGGGUCUGAAGUGCAUGUCGAUUACGAGGACAGAUUCCCAGAUUCCCACGAAGACACAGAGGGGAAAUCAGAGGAGCAGCAUGGAGAGCAGGAAGUCAGAGGAGAGGUGGUGGAUCUUGAAGGAGCUACAGAGGGAAAAGUAAAAGAUGUCCAGGACGUCACGGGCCGCCCGACAUGGCAGCAGGAGAGCAGGGAGGAACCUGAAGCCACAGAAGCACCAAUCUCCCUUCUCUCCCAGAAACACAUGUUCUGGUUUCCCUCUGAGGCCUUCCAGGAGGAGGGGCUUCCUGUCUCCACCAAUCAGAAUACGCAGAGAUCCUCUGGCGCCCAAUCAGAGGAGAGCAAAGAGCACGAGAGCCAGGAAAGGCGGCAGCAUCCAGUCGGCGGUGAUGAUCACGGUGACGGCCGAGACAGGUAUGAAGACCACGACGCAGACGACCAAGACGACCACGACAGCCGCCAGGAUGAAGACGACCAUGACGAACACUAUGUUCCAGCUCGUGAUGAUCUGACCAGCAGGGAACAUGACGACCAAGAUGAUGAUAAACAUGAGAGUCACGAGGAUCAUGACGAUAUAACUGACCACCAUGAUGAGGAUGAUGAUGAUGAUGAUAGAACUCACGUGGAUCACGUGUCUGAAGAGCAUUUAGACCGUGACGACCACGACCACGACGUGGACGAGAGCGACACGGAUCACGACCACCACGAACACGAUGACCACGACAACCACGACGACCACGACAGCUACGACGACCUCGAUAGCCACGAAUACGACGACGACGGCCACCGGCGCGUGAUCUUCUCUAUAGGAGCGGACCGAAGUCGGAACGUCACCCAGAAAAAAGCAGGAGCGAAGGCCACCACGGAUGAGACCUGGCUGGACGGGUACCCCGUGGUUCCAGAGGAGACGGGAGGCGAUGACUCAGCGAUGCGUGGGCUGAGGCCAGAGCUCAGACAGAGGGGGUCAGCCUUGAGGUCUACAGACCGACCUAACGAGGUGGAGCUUCGUAAACCUGACCCUUUCCCAAGGGAAUCUGAGCCUCCGACCACGGAGUCUGAGUUAGAUGGUGCUGCGGAGGACAUGUGGGGCAGCUUCAUACCCACCGCCCCUCCCUCUCCCUAUCAACUACAGCCCUCAGACCCUCACGCCUUGGAUUAUGACGCACAGGAAGCUCCCACUGACUCCUGGCAGCCGGACCCCACCGAGCACCCCUUCUUCAGCCACGACCCAGCUCCCCCAGCGCACGACGCCGACGACGUCCUCGCCGGGGGAGUGAUGGAGGAGCACACGAUGCACAACCUGCCCGGCGAGGCCGGCGAGCGGGGCGAGAUGGGGGGGGAGAGGGGCGGGAGCGUGUGCGCGGGCGACGCCUGCCCCCCGCGGGCCCCCGGCCGGGGCCCCAAGGUGGCGGCCAUCAUCGUGGCCGUGCUCGCCGUCGCCACGGCGAUCCUGGCCGGCGCGUGGUGCUACCGGCGGCAGCAGCAGAAGAGCUCGGUGUACGAGAUGAACGGGAAGAGCCCGAGUCAGAGCGGGCGCGGCCAGCAGAUGGAGAUGCAGCAGAAGGUGUGAGACGGACAGAGAAGGGUCUGAGUUUGAGGAUCCCGGGGAAUGUUGGACGGGUAGCGGGUUAGCAUAGCGACUCUGAGUGGUGGUGAUAGUUCUCUGUGCUCGUGUGUCUUAUACCGAUCCAUUAGUUCUGGCAUCUCACUGGACAGAGGGACCGGCUGCACCUGAACCGGCCACACCUCCAGGAAAAGUGGAGUCCAGAGGAGUGUUCUGUGAGCUGAGACUCCUGAGCUCUUGGACGUUGUGGGAUGUUUUUUUUUACUUUUUUGAUUGGGUGCUUUGUUAGUUUCUUGCUGGCGUGACUUUAUAUGUUUUAAUUGUUGUUUAUAAAAUUGCUUGUGUACUGGUCUAGUGUUGCAGCUCAGAACUCCUACAAAACGACACAGCACGUCUGGGCCGGUCCUCCCAAAGCAGCAGCAGCCUGGCAUCUGUCAGAGCGGCGUCAAUGAAUUAGACCAGAUGAGAGAGUGGGAUGAGCAGCGGCACGAGGAGACGGGGCGGGAGGAAGAAGAAUGGAAGGAAGGAGCGCUCUGAAACGGCUCCGCCUCUGCUGGGUUUUGACAGGCGGCCGUGAGAGAUGUAGGGCCUGCGUCCAAACUGCAUACUCAGCCUGUGUGUGUGUGUGUGUGUGAGUGUGUGUGUGUGUGCGUAUGUGUGUGUGUGUGUGUGUGUGUGUGUGUGUGUGUGUGUGUGUGAGUCUGCAGUAUGUUGUGUUUGACGUUUCCCAGUGAAGAUGCUGGCGGCAUUCAGACGCUGUUACAUACUGGCUCAAGAACCUGUAGUUAUUAUAAAACAGUGUAUUUCACAUGACGUCUUAAUACAAAAUGAGCAAUGAGUCAUUUUAGCUUAGUGAUAAUCUGUAAUUGUUGAACUGCUUUGCUGUUUGGUGUUGUGCCAAAUACUUGAGAACCUAAAAUCCAAGACGUGCACAUGUAAAUACAUUUAAAUAAAAAGGAUGGAAGUGCAGAUAGUGAUGUUUGGGCUCUACAUGUCGGCUGUGGGGGAGGAAGACAAGUCAGAGUCAUAGAGUUUCUCAUAAAUGUGCACCAGUUCUGUUUUCUUUCUGUGUGAAAUGAUGAUGACCUAAUCGUGGUGAGGUCACUGAGGACGCCGUACCUGUGAAGUGUUUCUGUAAAUAUUAGUUAAACACUUUAUCGACUGUUUGCUGUACAUAUUAAAGCCUCCUGUUAUCAGCCUUCAAGAAAAGCUCCGUCCUCUUUGCCAGCUGUGCAGAAAUGACUUGAUCUCACUCAGAUUUUAAAACACUGAGAGUGUAAAUGUACGACAUCUCAUUCGUCCUGGUGUUGGGAUAAUAAGUGUGUAAUGUAUAGUCAUAAUAAAUUCAUACAUGUGUGG